ACCGCCUUGGCGCUGAACCUCGCGGGCACACACGAUAAAAAGACCGCACCGGCUUCUUUUGUCGUCUCCCACCUCAGCACUACCUCGACAUUUUAUCAACGAAAACAACUACCCUGAGCGGAAUGUCUUACCAACCUCCCUACGGCGCGCCUCCCGCUGGUGGCUACUAUCCCCAGCAGGGCGGUGGCUACGGCCAGCCCCAGUACCCCCAGCCAGGCCAUGGCGCCCCGCCGGCUCCCUACGGCCAGGCUCCUUCUUACGGACAAGCGCCACCAGCGGGGUAUGGAGGCGCUCCUCCGGCUCCGUAUGGCCAUCAGGCACCCUCUGCACCCUACGGCGGCUACGCACCUCCUGCGCACGGACAGCACCACCAGCACCACCAGCACCACCAGCACCACCACUCGCAUUCUCAGCCACAGGCCUAUGCACCUCAGCAACCGAUGGGAGGAGCAGGUGGCACCUACUACCUCGGCGUGCCGGUCCCUCCUCCACCUGGAAGCCAGCCUCUGCCGCCGCCGCCCGGAUACAAUGUCCACGGGGACGUCGAAGCGAUCCGCAAGGCCACAAAGGGUUUCGGCACCGACGAGGCCCUCCUCAUUCGCACUCUGGCCCCGCUCGAUGCUUUCCAGGUCGAUGCCCUCUCGAACCAGUUCAAGGCGUCGACGGGCAAGGACUUGCUCAAGGUGCUCGAAAAGGAGACGUCGGGCUGGUUCGAGGGCGCCCUCCGUGCAAAGGUCCUCGGUCCCGUUGGCUACGAUGUCUGGCUCAUCCACCGUGCAUGCGAUGGCGCAGGCACACACGAGGACCUGCUCAACGAGGUGCUGCUCUGCCGAACAAAUGCAGACAUGUGGACACUCAAGAACGCAUACAGGGCAGUGUAUGGCAAGGCGAUGGAAAAGGUUGUCGAGGACGAGCUGUCGAUGAAGACGAAGCGCCUCUUUGUCAUGGCCCUCCAAGGUACGCGGCAAGAGGACAACGCGCCAGUAGACCAUCGGCUCGUCGAGGAGGACUGCCGAAAACUCAAGGCAGCUGCUCGGGGGGCAGGCACCGAUGAGAUCACCAUCUGCGGCAUCCUCGUCUCGAGGAGCACGCCACACCUUCAAGCCAUCUGGCAGACGUACCAGUCGAUGCACAAGCAGACGCUCGUUGCCAUGAUCAAGUCUGAAUUUUCGGGGCACAUGGAGAAUGCGCUUCUCUACAUUGCCAAGACGGCCCAGCCUGGUCCACCGGGCGUGGUACGCGAUGCGGAUCUGCUGGAAGAGAGCAUGGCAGGCAUGGGCACAAAGGACGAGCGGCUCAUCUACCGCCUCUUCAGAGCACACUGGGAUCGCAUGCGUUUCGAAGAGGUCAAGCGGUGCUACCAGGGCACCCAGAGCAAAAAGGGUCUUCGCGCGAGGGUCUCUGGGGAGACGAGCGGCGACUAUAAAAAGAUGCUGGAGGCCGUCAUUGGCUCUUGAAUACCUCACUCUUCUUCUUUCUCGACGAUGAUGCACGCACGAUGAGAG